AUGAAGUUUGCUAGCUAUGGUUCAUUGGCUCUAUGCACCGUGUUGACCGAGGCCGCCAGCACCAUCCCGGCAACGUGGAACCUUGCAAGUACAGUAGUUUCAAGUGUUCUUGCAACCAAAUUUGGCACUCCUGGUAAUGGCCUGAUUGUUUCCGCCGGCCUCGGUACCAUUCACAUAAUCGAGACGAUCGAAGACUGCUUGCCUGCCGGAGAAAGCGGCAACAAGGAGGAUAGCCUGACUUGUGCCAAGUCUGCCGUCUCCGCCGCCGUCCUCUUUGGCAUGGCCUACAAUAAUUACAGGCAAGUGGGCUAUUGGACAAAGCGUGAGGAGCUCGGUGGUCACUUCGCGCACAUCGACAACUACUUCAGCCAGAUGGGUGAUGACAUCUUUGUCUCGGACGUCCACUACCAAGGCAUCCCACUCAACGUCACGCACUUGCCCCAGACCCUACGCAAGCGCAGCGACAAUGUUGACUCAGAAGUCGUCCGCGCCCUGCAUAACUCCAGCAUGCCCCUGAGCUUCAUCUACCAGAAUAAGCGCGAAAACCAUGUGCCCCUCCUUGUGGCCACCAACGGCACCCAUUAUCACAUCGGACAUCUAGCUCCUGCCAGCAGUGAGGACAACAGCUCAAUUCACCAACGCCGCGGAGCUAUCGACACAGCUUUCACCCAUGUUGGUAGCGGCGGCAUCAAGGUGCAGUGCAAUUCUAAGGGCCCUGUGAUGACGGAGCAGCAGGCGCAGGUGUUCCUGGAUUCACCCAUGUCGGGUACGAGCGCAAGCUCCUCGGCAAUGAGCGUCUUUCUCAACGUCGUGAACUAUGCCACCUUUGCGGGCUUUUCCUUCAAUGAGUGGGUCAAUGGGGAUCUGAGUGGGCAGUGGGCCAUGGAGGCAGAGAGCAAUGGGUUCGGUACCAACUGGGAGACGAACUGGAACUGGUGUUUUGGAGUGGAGCAGGCUAGCUGUGAUAAAGAGCUUUGA